UUCUGCACUCUGUUAUGGUUACAAUGUUAUACAUUCCCUGUAACAUCACUAUAUGAAGACCUUGGUAUAUGUUGGUAUGGCAUAACUCCAACUAGAACAGUUACUUAAUUAGUACAUUGGUUACUUUUUGUAGUGUGUGAACAUAUUUACAUGUUAAAGGCUAGCUAACCUUAUCGAGAUAACAGCAGGUACAGAUGUGUGCAGAUUUGUGAUCAGCAAGCUAGCACUAGCUGGGCGAAUUGUGACCUAGCUAAUUGUUUUAUUUAGAAAUCAUUUGAUUAGUCAACAUAACAUGGCCGAAUCCGAGGACGCAGCUCAGAGAGAGGUAUCAGUGGAGACCGAUGGAGAGUCCACGGAAGCUGUUUCAGAGGCAGAAAAAUCAGCGGAAGUUGGAGACCCAGAGCCUGUUGGUGGAUCCCCUGCUAGGCUGUCUGAACAUGGAGAAGCAGAUGACUUUGUUGCUGAGGAAAAGGAAACAGAAAGUAAAGAAACUGAACAUACCAAAACAGAGGCAGCCGCGGUUCCCUCUCCUGCAUCUGAACCUUCACAGUCGUCCUUCUCUACAGAAGAGAUAUUCAGCCCAGUUUUGGUUCACGGUGCUGAGCCGGGUAGCACCUCAGAGUCUGAAAAGGAGGCGACCGAGGUGAAAGCGGAGCAAGAGUUUGAGUUAAAAACAGACAAUGUUGCAGUAAAGGAAAAGAGCUCAGAGGAAAGCCCCACAGAACCAGAUGCGAGUGAGGACACAGAUAUGGAGACAGCGUCUGAUCACAAGGAGAUAGACACUGAGGAAAAGUUGGAAGCGUCUGAUCACAAGGAGAUAGACACUGAGGAAAAGUUGGAAGCGUCUGAUCACAAGGAGAUAGACACUGAGGAAAAGUUGGAAGCGUCUGAUCACAAGGAGAUAGACACUGAGGAAAAGUUGGAAGCGUCUGAUCACAAGGAGAUAGACACUGAGGAAAAGUUGGACGCUGGCAUUGACACCAAGGACAGCGGCACAGAACCAGAACAGGAGCCUCAUAGCUGUAAGCUGAGGGUUCCUACAGUUGAGGACCUCGAUGAGAUGAUGGAUAUUGGUACAGUGGAUCAGGUGGAACAGGAAGCUCAUAUGAAAGAGGAGGAACGGAGCAGUUUGAUAGAUGCAGAAAGCAGUGAUUCACCUGUUGUUUCAAAUACAGUCUCAGCAGCAGAGGACAGUAACUCUGUUGAGGAAGAAACUGAUGUGAAACCCACUGUAUUGCCACCACCUGCAGAGGAGGAUGUGAAAAUGGGUUUAGAUUUGAUGCAGUCCAGCUUAUCUCCCUUGUCUGAAGCCACAACCAGUACAGGAAGGGACAGCUCAUCACCUACAAACAUGACGAAUGGGAUGAAAGUAGUAAAGCUAUCAAUACCAAGAUUAGAUACUGAGAGUUUAAAGGCAGCAGCUCAGCCUGUCACGUUACCUCCUUCUCCACCUUUGGUCAAGGUGAAGGAUGAGCCUGUGGAUGAGGAGUACGAACAGGCUCUAAUAUCCACUACGUCUACAGCAAGUGUGAAGGAUGAGCCUAAUACUGCAAAGGAUGACUUGAAGAUCGGCUCAGUCUUCUCUGUGACCCCAGUAACACAGGCGCUGCCCAUCGCCAACCCUUCCUCUUUGCACAUGUCUUGUUCCCACUGCAAGAAAAGCCUGAUAAAGGGACAGACAGCUUUCCAGCGGAAGGGCUCCCCAGCACUCUUCUGCUCCACCGCCUGCCUCACGACAUCUCUCCCCACAGUCAAAGGAGUCACUAAGAUCUGUUACAACUGCCAGAAGGUGAUAUUCCGGCCUCAGGACGUUAUCCUGGCUCCAGAUGGUAAAGGAGCCAUGAAGGAAUUCUGCAGCCAGAACUGCUUGACUUCCUUCAACUACAAGAAAAAUGCCUCCAACUAUAGGCAAACCACUGCUACCAAAAAACUACAGCCAAUAGCACCACAGUCUCUCUGCAGCAUGUGCACCAGAUACUGCAUUAGCAAGCAUGAGGUGAUCCUGAGCGGUGCUGUUCACAAACUCUGCAGUGAUGCCUGUUUUAACCGUUUCCGAACCGUAAACAACUUGUCCAUGGCUGGCUGUGCGAACUGUGGCUCCUUUAGCCACACCAAACCACUCAUGCUAAAGGUGGAAGAGGGCAACAAAACUCUGUGCAACACUGAGUGUUUGGCCAAGUACAAGGAGAAAACUAACAUAACCCAGCCCUGUACGAUGUGUCGCACUGCUCGUCUGCUGGCAGAGACGGUUGAUGACAAAAACAGUGACGACUCUGUGAGCUUAUUCUGUAGCAGCAGCUGUGUGAUGGCAUUCAAGGUUCAAACUGUCAGUGCAUCAGGUGCUCGAUUGAAUUGUGAUAGCUGUGGGAAAAACACUGUGCCGGCCUACCACCUGGCCAUGUCAGAUACCUCUAUCAGGAACUUCUGUACGCUACCAUGUGUCAUGGCUUUUCAGGAAAAGUUCAAGAAUUCCCAGAAACAGGUGAAUGUUUUCACCAAAUUGCCCAUAGGAUCCACCCAAAUCCAGGUGCCACCUCCCCAACCUCAGCAAGAUUUUCCCGUAGGACCACCGAAACUGAACUGUCUCCAGUGUACCCGCAACAUAACUUUCAAACCUGAACUCAUCCAGAUCAAGGACAAGAUGGUUUUUGUGUGUAGCACGGACUGUGCUCAUGAAUACAAAAAGGCACACUUCGUGACAAGUCUGUGUGAAUACUGUAAGAUCGAAAAGAUCACCAGAGACGCCAAGAGAAUUAACAACAAAGACUGCUAUUUCUGCAGCGACGGUUGUAAGCUCCUGUUUAGACACGACCUGACUAAAAACUGGGGGAAACACUGCCACUCCUGCGUCUACUGCCACUGUGUCUCAAAGAAGCUGGUGACAGCACAGUACGGAUGCUCAACAGAGGAGUUCUGCUCUGAGGAUUGCAGGUCCAAAUACACCAUGCUUUUCUGCCAUGUUGCCAAGUGUGACACCUGUGGGCACAAAGGGAAACUGAAACAGAGUCUUCCCAUGCUGGGGGAGGUCAAACACUUCUGUGACCUGACUUGUCUGCUGCAGUUCUGCAGUGAUAAGGUGGCCUCACAAGGUGAGGUCUUCAAAGAUGCAGAGGAGGCCACACCUGUCAUUGCCAAUGUCAUCUCGCUUGCAGGCUCUCCAACAGGAAAUUCCAGUGUUUCUGACAAAACUGCCCAGCAAAGUACAGUCUCCAACUUUCCAUCCAAGAGCACAGGAAAUAUCAGUAUUCAGACAGACACAGUGAAACCUCAUCCUUCUCCUGCACCAAAAGUCCUGAAGAACAAGGCCUUGCUCUGCAGACCACUGGUGCAAAAUAAAGGGGUCUCCUGUAAAACACAGACCGUUGAAGCUGAGGCACAGACAGAUGGCAUCUUCCCUAAAAUCAUGGUUCUGCCUGUUCCGGUGCCAGUGUAUGUUCCGGUACCCAUGAACAUGUACAGCCAGUGUACCCCCACACCAGUGGGCUUACCUCUGCCGAUGCCUGUGCCCAUGUUCCUUCCUGUGACGAUGGACAGCGCUGAACGCAUUGUAGAGACCAUCCAGCAGAUCAAGGAAAAGAUCCCGUCUGACCCCUUUGAGGCUGAGCUCAUCCUCAUGGCUGAGAUGGUGGCAGAGGAAGAUGAGGAGAACAAGAAACAGGAGAGACCAAAGGAGAGAGUGGUGGAGAGAGAGAUGGAGAGGCAGGAAGCACUAGCCCCAGAUGACCACGUCAGUAACUAUAGUGACGACUUGGAUACGGAUGACUUGGCCAGUUUCCUCAACAACUGGGAGGACGCCUCCUCUGACACAGGCCCCAAGUCAACCAGUCGACCGUUCACCCACGAGAAGCUCAUUCCAAUUAUAGAUGUUCCUGUGGGCAUGCCCAGUGAGCCUUGCGCCGAGCCCCCGCCUCUGGCUCCACCUCCCAUGGAUGUUGAGGCUGACUUUACUGUUGAAUCUCUGGAGAGGAUGGCCCGGCUGAGAGAGCAGUCUCAGCAACCUCAGAGUCCUCCGCCUGCUGCUUCACGACGGCGACAAGCUCACAGGAAGGCCAGAGAAAAGGCGGGUCGUAAGUCUCAGCGGUUGUCUAAGGCAGCCGAAGCGAAGUCUCAGAAAGGCUCUUCCAACAAGGCUGUGGCUGUAGACAUCCCAAAACUGAAGAGUGAAUAUGGAGUUGACGCCUGGAAGCGAUGGAUUCAAUGGAGACAAACUCAGCCCAACCUGGAGAAGCCACGCUUCGGUUCACGUCCCAUGGAGUUAAAGGAGGAUGUUCUACGCUGCACCACAGCUGAGCUGAGCUAUGGCCUCUGCUGCUUCAUCACUGAAGUGAAGCGACCAAACGGAGAGCCGUACUCCCCCGACAGCCUGUUCUACCUCUGCCUCGGCAUCCAACAAUACCUGUUUGACAAUGGUCGUGUGGAAAACAUAUUCAUGGAUCGCUUCUACAACAAGUUCUCCACUGAAUUCACCAACAUGCUGAGAGGUUUCAAACCCUCAGUCACAGCCAGUGGUUACAUCCAUUCCCGUGUGGAGGAGGAGUUUCUGUGGAACUGUAAACAGCUCGGGGCGUACUCCCCCAUAGUCCUCCUCAACACUCUGCUCUUCUUCUGCUGCAAAUACUUUGGCUUCACCACGGUGGAACAGCACCAUCAGCUGUCCUUUGCCCACGUCAUGCGCUGCACCAAAACCAACUCGGACAACACGAAGACCACCUUCCUGCGCUUCUACCCGCCCAUAUCCAUAAAUGAGGCAGAGCCAGAUCUGGAGGUUCCAGCUAAGAGGCGUAAAGAGGAGGAGAAUAAGGAGGAUAUCCUGGAGAUGAUGGAGAACACAGAGAACCCUCUCCGCUGUCCAGUCAGACUCUACGAGUUCUAUCUCUCAAAGUGCUCAGAGUCGGUCAAACAGCGCACCAACCUGUUCUACCUUCACCCUGAGCGCUGCUGCGUCCCCAACAGCCCCCUGUGGUUCUCCUCCACCCCUUUGGACGACAGCACCAUGGAGGCCAUGCUCAUUCGCAUCCUCACCGUCAGGGAGCUGCACCUCAAGAAGAGGAAAGAGGGAGAAACGGAGCAGCAUGCACCUGAUGACCCACCUUUUAUACCCGAUAAGGAGGUGUUAGAGUGAUGAAAAGCAGACGCGAUCUUUUACUGGUGUAGCAGUUUAUGUUGUAAAUGAUUGUAGAUUGACUGAAAUGUUCAUUCAAACAUGGCUCAAUAAACACAAAUGGACAGAAUAAGUCAUAGACCACAAUGUGCUGAACUGCAAAGGAAGUCACUUCGUAAAACUGUUGAACUUCUCUGCCAGACAGAGAAGCGUGGUUUGUCUUCAAAUGCACAGUGUCUGUGUAACUUGGAAGCAAAGAUGCAAGACUUGGCUAAGCUUUAGACACAUGGCUGAACUUCUGUCUGCUAAACAAUUCUCAUGGAUAAUAUGAUUUUUGUUCCUGCCUUGUGUUUGAUUCCAUAUAUUCCUGUGCAAAUUGGACUUUUUUAUAAGGCAGAUCUUUGUUCUUGAGGGGAUGAAGUAGUAAGCCGUCACCAAAAGACAAGCUGUGAUGUAGAUAUAAAUCAUCAGCCAUCAUGCUGAGUCCACACCUGUAGUACAGUUUUUACAGAGUUUCACCAAUCCAUCAGUGGCAUGAUUUAGUGUCAGUAUCCCAGAGUCAAAGAGGAAAUGCACUACUUGUGCAGUUGUUAUACACUGAUUUUAGUUGGAAAAUCAUUAAUGGAAGUACAAAAUCACCACCUCACACACUUUAUAACAUAAUUCCUGAAAUGAAUCGUAAAUUGCAGAUUGAAACCGACCUGUGAAAUGACAGUGGAUCUUUCUUUUGUAAUGAUCUCAAGAUUAGUUGAAUUUUUUACAGGCCCCUCCAUUUUCCCAUGGUAAAAUGUAGAAGAUGAAUUUAUACAAAAACACUUCCAUAUUGGUGUUUUGUGUCCAUCAGGAACUCUUACCUUUAAAAGGUCAGGUGACAAUUGUGAGAUUACAGUGACUGGGGAAAGAUGGAGGCAUGAUGAUGAGGAGGAUUUUAUAUUUUUAAAUAUGUUAAAAGAAAGCAUCAAACUGUUUCCUGUAUUUCCUUUUACCUUGUCUAUGGAAAUGCUCUUAAAUUUGAUGAAAAAUGGUUAGAAAUUGAUCUGAACACAUUUAAGAAACCUUUCUAUGAAUGCAGCUUUGUAUCUUAUAAAAGGCCUGACAACUGUCAUGCCAUUUGGGGAAAAAAAUCUCAGUUUUAGACCUUUUGUUGACUGAACACUAAAAUUAGUUAAUUUUCAGCAUGCUAUUUCAUCUGCAUUUUCAUGACCCUUGUAUUCUAAAGUAAAGACGUAAAAAAAUACUGUUCCUUAAUGUAUAUCUUGGUUAUAUUAACCCCCAGUCUCUAGAGCGGCCAAGGUUCUCUCAGUAUUUUCUAUUGUAUGUUCUUUUUAAAUAAAAAACACCUAAAAAUGUUGUUCAGU